AUGGGAGGAACGAAAAGAUCGCACGACGGGAUGGAGAUCGAACGCUCUUCCGCAUCAGCGGAACAAAGCUCCCCAUUCAUUCCUAUGUUUGAGUUCUUCCGCUCAGAGUUGGACGAGCAUCAUGACCGGAGAGAGCGCAUUAUCAAAGCAUCCCGCGAUGUCACUGCACAGAGUAAGAAGAUCAUAUUUGCUCUACAACGGGUGAGAGAAUUGGGGCAACCCAUUCAUGCAUCGAUCCUCAAACAAAUCACACCAAUGCACUCAACGAUCAAAGAUCUAUUGCAAAGUAUUGUGCCAGACCUGCAAGGACUCAAUGCUUUCCGCUACUCCAACAACAUUUCUGGCGGCAUCCAGGAGUUCAUGGAAGCCGUGCUUUUCCAGCACUAUCUAAUUACGCAGGGCGUCAUGACCUACGAGGAAGCAGCCGCUCAAUUGCCCCAAGGCCUAACGUUGACUUAUGAGGACUAUGUUCUCGGUCUAUUCGACAUGACCGGAGAACUCAUGAGGUUUGCCAUCACAUACAUGGCCACCAACGGGCGGUUACCUGGUUCGGAUGGGGGAUCAAAGGCCAAUAUUCUUACAGAUAUGCAAUCUUUAAGAAGUGAGCUAGAAGCUCUUGACCCUCAUGGAAGUUAUGCGCUAUCGAAGGACUUUGGCCAGAAACUCAGGGUCACCAAAACUUCCAUCGAAAAGGUGGAGAACGGCGUGUACAGCAUGAUUGUGAGAGGCAAAGAGCGGCCAAAGGGAUGGCGGCCAGACGUGUCUCUAACGGAUGGGCCAAGAGAAGCGGACGCGGUGGAAAGCUAUUGA